AUGACAAGUGCCGUGCACAGCCGAGAGAGCAACGGCUUUGGAAGCAGUACGCCAGACCGUGCUUUAGAGACAAGGUUUCACGGGGAAGGCUACCGGGAAGGCUACGAGGAAGGAAGCAGUCUGGGUGUGGUGGAGGGGCGGCAGCACGGCGCGGUCUACGGAGCCAAGGUCGGAUCUGAGGUGAGCAGGGGCCCGGCGUCUCGAGAACUGGCCUCUGGUGCGAUUCAACCAGAAGGCCGGGCCGGUGACCCUCCGUCGCCGCGCGCCCAGCUGCUCCCCAGGCCCGCCCCGCCGGCCGGCCGGCCCCCGGCAUCUGCUCCCCGCGUGCGGCUUCUCUGCCGCAGGUUUCACGGGGAAGGCUACCGGGAAGGCUACGAGGAAGGAAGCAGUCUGGGUGUGGUGGAGGGGCGGCAGCACGGCGCGGUCUACGGAGCCAAGGUCGGAUCUGAGAUUGGCUGCUAUCACGGCUUUGCUCUUGCCUGGAAAUGCCUCCUGCACAGCCGCCCGGCCGCCGAGAAGGACAGCAAAAAGAUGAAGGCCCUGGACUCACUGGUUGGAAUGAUCCAGAAGUUCCCGUACCAAGACCCCGCGUAUGAGCGGCUACACGAAGACUUAGACAGAAUCCGAGGGAAGUUUAAGCAGCUGUGUUCCUUGCUCAACGUCCAACCGGACUUCAGGGUUCCUACAGACGGCCCUGGACUCUCGUUUUGAGGCGGAGAAGAGGACAGAGGACACAUCCUGAGCCAGCUGUCCCUGCAGUGCGCGUCUGAAACGGGACUAAAGGCCAAGUGACGAGGGGUCUCCACUGUGGGCUCUGUCCGCAGCAGUCAUGCCAGGUCGGGGUCCUGUGCCUUGGCUGCUCCCCCAGGGGGCCACCUAGCCAUCCCAGAACCGGGAAGGGAAACCAGAGGACCAGUUUGUAAGACAGUGAGUCGGGGAGGUGUGUAGUGAGCCCCUGGGGCAGGGACAGUCACUGCGACCCUUCCUGAUCCUCACCUGGGGGUGGGCACUGUGUUGUGUUGGAUUAGAUCACAGCAGGAGUCUCUUCUAUGGAGAGUCACGCAGAGGCCCCACGUCUGACCACCUGGACCAGUACCUGCCCAAGCACAGGGCCAUCUGACGUGGAGUUCAGGCUCCGGCCCGGAUGGCAGCAGCCCCAGCGAAUGCUGGCCUGUCCUGCUUGCAGCAGGCUUGGUGGGCAGUGCUGAGACAGGGAAGUGGCCAGCCUGGCCCAGGAGCUUCCAUGAAGGCAUGGCCAAGCCCCUCACCUUAAAACCCCCAGCUGAACUGUCCCUGAAGCCUCCUUCCACCCAAGCAGCUGCCCCCACUCAACUAGGAGGAGGCCUGCCCUGAGCCUCUGGCUCUUUGGCCAGCUCUCUGUGGGGUCGCAUUGACCACAGCAAUGGAGAGCUUGGGGGCAGUGCGUGGAUGUCCCUGGGGGAAGAACAGCUCAGAAGAGGGUGGCGGUGGUGUCCGUCUGCUGCUGAGUGACGCAGAGCUCCGCCCCGCACGUUCUCAACAGCACCGAGAGGCCAACCGAGGACCUUUCACCUGUGCCCCUUCGGUGAGCAGUGCCGGGGCCCUCAGACCUUGUCUGCGGUGCGGCUCUGGGUUUCUCCAUGGAAACGCAGCCCAGGGACCAGAAGCACUCGAUGGUGUCCAACUUCCACCGCAGCUGGGGCAGCUGGGCCCCGGAGAGACUGGGAGGCCAGUGUACAGCAGGACUCCAGGCCACACUUACUGGCCGGAGUCAGUGGCCCUUAGUCAUCUGCAGGCCCAGAACUAAACUCAGCCCCGUGUUGGAAUACGCAGCCAUGUAGGAUCCCAAGGGCAGCGUUUACCCAAGGACGCGUUCGGAGGGUGAGGACAGAAAGGGACAGGAAGCCAGGAGGAUGGGGGCUCACGGGGAGUGCAGUAGACGAGGUGAGACAAAACAUGUGGAUUAAUCGUUGAGUACGAGACUAUGAUUUUCCCCCGAACCAUCACCUGAUUCAUAAUAAAAAGGUUUAUCAAAA